GUUGUGGUAUUCAUUUCUCUUUGGAUCUAAACUCUGUAUAAGCUCUUCUUCCUCUUUCUCUCUCUAAUCAUCUAUUUACUGUUUCAUAAAUACACACAUCUAUACAUACAUACAUAUAUACAUAUUGUACAUAUCGUCAAUCAUCAUCGUCAUCAUCUUCGUAUCUCCGCUAAUUUUCAUUUCUUCGAAAUUCCAAGCUUCCUUAAUUAUUUUAUAAAUAAAUCAUUUAACAAUCCUUAUUUCGUAAUUUCAAGCUUUACUUGUGAAAUUAUAUAUUAUAUUGAUUCUAGAUUUGAAAAUCUGGCAGUUUGGAUUGUGAAAUUAGGGUUUGAUUGUGAAAAGAUUUGGGGAAUUAGGGUUUGAAUGGGAAGAAGGUGGAAGAACAAGUGAAAGAAUGCUAUAUUUGAAGCAACCUAGCUUCGUGUUUUGUUGAAUGCCGUUCUAGUCAUUCCCGGGCUCGGGGCUCGGGAUCUCCAAUCCAAAUUGUAUAAGUAGAAGAAGCUCUACUUUGUUUUUUCUGUAAAGACUUCAGGAUCAAUCGGAAAUGGCGUCCCAAAAUGGAGAUGAGUCACACUCGCAAUCUCAAGACAUUCCUUCUUCUCAUGUUGCUGCUUCCCGUUCCAUCGUUAUGCACAAGUUUCGCCUUUAUCAAACUUAUUCGAACUUUUAUAUGGUAGGAAGGAAUAAGAGUAGAACAUACUGGAGAGUGUUAAAGAUAGACAGGUUGGAGCCUUUUGAGCUCAACAUUCUUGAAGAUUCUACUGUAUAUACACAACGAGAAUGCGCUGACCUGUUGAGGCGUAUAAAUGAGGGAAACAAAUCCACAGGAGGGCUCAAGUUUGUUACAAAUUGCUAUGGUAUUGUUGGUUUCAUCAAGUUUCUGGGACCAUACUACAUGUUGCUUAUAACAAAGCGGAAGCCAAUUGGUGCUAUUUGUGGUCACACUAUUUAUGCAAUUUCCAAGAGUGAGAUACUUCCACUUCCAAACCCUGCAGUUCUAGCAGAAAUGGUUAUUUCCAAAAAUGAAAACAGAUACAAGAAGCUCUUGUGCACUGUGGAUCUUACGAAGGACUUCUUCUUUAGCUAUUCAUACAAUGUCAUGUGCAGUUUUCAAAAGAACAUGUGCGAUGAUGUGGCAGAGACGGUCCUCUAUGAAACUAUGUUUGUUUGGAAUGAGUUUUUAAGUCGUGGCAUCCGGAAUCUUGUGAAGAACACUCUUUGGACUGUAGCCUUGGUCUACGGUUUUUUUAAACAGACUACACACUCAUUCUCUGGGAGGGACAUCAAAUUGACUCUUAUUGCAAGACGUUCACGACAUUAUGCUGGGACAAGGUAUUUAAAGCGUGGUGUAAAUGAGCACGGUAGAGUUGCUAAUGAUGUAGAGACGGAACAAAUUGUGUUCGAGGAUGCUUCUGAAGGGUUUUCUAUUCAAAUUAGUUCGGUUGUUCAAAUUCGUGGGUCAAUUCCACUUUUUUGGUCACAGGAAACAUCACGCCUUAAUAUCAAGCCUGAUAUUAUAUUGUCAAAGAGAGAUCAAACUUAUCAGGCCACCAGACUUCACUUCGAAAAUCUUGUGGAGAGAUAUGGGAAUCCUAUUAUAAUCCUAAAUUUAAUCAAGACAAAUGAAAAAAGGCCUCGAGAGUCUAUUCUUCGAACAGAGUUUGCCAAUGCUAUUGAAAUCAUCAAUAAAGACAUGUCAGAGGAGAAUAAUCUUAAGUUCAUUCACUGGGAUUUGAACAAACAUUCUCGGAGGCAAGCUACAACUGUGUUGCUAAGUUUGGGCAAAGUGGCUGCUUAUGCAUUGACACUUACAGGCUUUUUCUAUUGCCAAGUAGCACCAGACUCAAUAUCUGAGGGGCCAGUAAAUUGGCCUGAAUUCAAGAAUGUUGUUUAUGCCAACUUGUAUCCACCAGCACGUCGUGAUAUCAGCAAGGAGAGUCACAAUGACCCCGAAGAUGCCAAAAAUGUCGAGACAAUAUCAAAUGGAGAUAGUAAUGUUGCUAAUGAGGAUUAUUAUGGCAAGUCACCCUUGUUCCAGAAGGGUGUUCUUAGGACUAAUUGUAUAGAUUGUUUAGAUCGCACAAAUGUUGCUCAGUAUGCAUACGGAUUGAUUGCUUUGGGACGACAAUUUCAUGCAUUAGGAGUCAAAGAUUCCUCCAAGAUAGACCUUGAUGAUCCUUUGGCAGACGACUUAAUGAGGUUUUAUGAGAGAAUGGGCGACACUCUGGCACAUCAGUAUAGUGGUUCAGCUGCACAUAACAAGAUUUUCUCUCAGAGAAGGGGGCAGUGGAAGGCCGCAACACAAUCCCAAGAAUUCUUUCGAACUCUCCAGCGUUACUACAGCAAUGCCUACAUGGACGCUGAAAAACAAAGUGCCAUUAAUUUAUUCCUGGGGUAUUUUCAGCCACAACAUGGGAAACCUGAAGUCUUGGAGCUAAACUACAACCAACACUAUAAUGUAUACCGGAAUGGCCAAGUUGAUGAAAAUGGAAAGUCAUAUUUCAAGAGGUCCGUCUCAGAUGGGAACAUACUUCGUGAAAGCAGAUCACCUGGGUUUGCCUCUAGUGAUGACUUUUCUAAGGGUGAAGAGAGAAGCAAAGGGCAUAGUGAGUCAACACCAGAUGUAUCAGCUUGUGAUAGUGAUGUGAAAUUUUCAAGAUAUAACCCUGAGACGCGUCGUAAAGAGCAUUAUGGAGAUGAUGACAAUAGAGAUGCAUCUGACUACUCAAACUUUAUAGAUCUUGGCUGGCUCUCCUCCUCUUCAAGUUCAUGCGAUGAGUUGUUUGACAGGUCAACGGGCAUGAACUCUUCAGUUGCUACAUUGUCCACUGAAAAUCUUGUCAACGAACUGGUUGGAGAGACUACUCCAUCCACCAGUGGCUAUGGGUCAAGCAUGAAGGGUAGGGAGAUGACGGGGACAGAGCUGUCCAGUGAUAGUCUUAAUCAAGAGGUUCUUGAUGAAUUCUCAAAUAGUUUUGUUCGCUGGGUAAACCAGGGGGAGACAAUUUGCUUCUGAUAUCAUCCAGAGUUACCGCUGGGUUUUAAGCCUGACAUCCUCCUUGAGAGGGUUUAUGUGCACAGAGAAAUGAGUGUAGAUGGCAGGGAAAGUUACAAGCUAUGAAGAAAUGGAGUGCAGCACGCCAUUAAUUGGAUGUCUCAUGAAAUGACAUCUAUCCCUUGCAAAUGAUAUGGGCAUAAAUAUUGUGACCGUGAAUGCCUUGGUAGUACGCUUACAGCAGAAAUUGAAAAGAGUAAAUAAAUAUUGGUUUCAAAAAAAUAUUCUAGAACUUAUAAGCACUCGGUAUGUUGCCAUUGAUGUAAAUAUUAUGUCAACUAAAGGUAGGUUCAUUGUCAUGUAUUCAGUUAUUUGAUUAUUUAAACUAAUGUCUGCUCUAAUUGCUCAAAAUUUCUUCUUUGUCUG